UACGAAUCUCUGCCAAUCCUUCCCUCGAAUCACCUCACAUUGCCCGUGCUCCCCUCAUCCCAUCACUCAUCACAUCCAGCCAACGGCCCUCCUUGCGUCUUGGCUGGUCUCCGGUCCCUCUUAGCGGCUGGGUCGCUGGAUCCGUGAUCUAAUUAUAUAUCCGAUCCAACUCUCGGCUCUCGACGCUUGGGUAGUGCGCAUGGUCAAUCACUCCUUCACGGUGGUUAUCGCUCUCUCGACUAGCAGCCACACCGACUGCCGCGUGCCGACCCCAACCGGCUUACCCUCGAUUGGAUCCCCUUUACGGCAUCGUCCCAGUGGACUCGCUGCCCCUCGUCACAUCCCUGCUCCAGCGUGGCCAGGACCCAGCCAUUGCGUCUUGGCCAUAGCCAGUCGCAUACAUAUACACUCGCUAGUUGCUGCGGCGUCUCGCCUCGCCCAAGUCAACUAGGCCAGUGGCCGUGCUACGGACAACUUGACCAUGUCCUUGAAGCAGGUACUUA